CCGCCCUCGGCUCUCCCCCGCCGCGGUCGCCAUGGCGCGUCGGCCGGAGCCGGGCCGGCUGGCGCAGGAGGCGGCGGCGCUGGCGGGCGCCGUGCGCGGAGCCCUGGGACCGCGGGGCGGGCGGGCGCUGCUGGUGCGGCCCACCGGGCAGGCGCUGCUGACGCGGGACGGGCGGUGCUUGCUGGAGGCGCUCAGCCUGGAGCCGCCGACGGCCAGGAUGAUGGCGGCCUGCGCCUGCAGCCACCGCGCCGCGACGGGGGACGGCGCCAAGACCUUCGUGCUGCUGCUGGCCGGUCUGCUGCACGGCCUGCGGGCGGCGGCCGGCGGCGGCCUGCGGCGGGCGCUGCGGGCCUUCGAGGCGCGGGUGCUGGAGCGGGCCGUGGCGCGGGGCCUGCGCGGCCAUCUUCUGUCGGUGCUGGCCGGGCGGCGGGCGGAGGCGGGAGGCCUGGAGGCGCUGCUGGAGGCCUACCUGGGCGGCCGGCUGGGGCCGGGCGAGAGGCGGCGGCUGGCGCGGCUCUGCUGCGAGUACUGCCGCCGCUGCGACCCGGGGGCCGCCGCCGUCCCCCGCCCGCGGGUGCUGCGCCUCCUCGGCCGCCGCUUCGCGGAGCUGCACGCCGCCGUGGCCGGUCUCCCCGUGGAGAGCUCCAGGGUCCUGCCUGGGCUCGUUCUCCGCAGGGACUUCGCGGCCUACUGCCCGGCGGGAGGGGAGCUGCGGGCCGUGCUGGUCACCGAGCCCCUCCGGCCCCCGCUCUCGGCCCCCGGCGGCGAGUUCGCGGUCGGCUCCGAGGGUCAGUACGGGGCCUCCCGGCGCUGGGUGGAGAGGAGGACGGAGGACGUGAUGAAACGCUUGCGGAGCGGCAACGUCAAGCUGCUGCUGUCGAGCGUGAAGCAAGAGGAGGUCGUUAUCUACUACGCGAAGCUACACGGCGUGUCUGUGGUGGAGUGCUUAUCGUCGGAGGAGGUGGCCCUCGUCCGUGAAAUCACGGGAGUCGCGCCUUACGCGCCUUUCGGCGAUAACGCGCGCGGAGAAAUCGCCGACGCCGCAGCUGCGACCUUUUGCCGGCCCUUGCUGCUGGGCUCAAAGAGGUGCGCUCACAUUGGCUUCACCGGCCUGCGCGCCUUUCGGCCCCACUGCCUCCUUCUCUGUGGGCCGGUCGACAGCGUUAAUGAGCAGCAUGCUGCUGCUUUACAAGGGGCGUUUACGAUGCUGCAGCAGCUAUUUAAAACGGUCGAUCGGAGGGAGGAAUGCAAAGGAGAAGGUGAAAGCCAGAAUGAAGCCUCAGAGGUCUGCAGCUGGCAUCCUUCAGCCGCUCGGCAGCAACUCGUAAUAGAAAAUAUUUCUUGUAAUGGUGAUCACGUUUCUGAACGUCAGCUGAAAGCACAUAGGGAUGAAACAGAGACGCAGAUUGUAGACCCUGGUUUGCAGGGAAGUGAAAAUCCAGCACGCGUGCAAACAGACUCGCAAAUACCCUCAAAUCCCGUCUCGCACGCCAAAGAAUUCAGUGUUGCCACUGAAGGAAUAGGCUCUUCAGGAGGCGUACAGAAACCGCAUGCAAAAGGCGAGCAGCCGAGUGGCGUGCACGAGAGCUGUAAAAGCGAUUCACUUGUGGACAGUCAAAAGAACUACAGCACUGCUGUGCGUGCCGCACGCAACGCUAAUGCAGUCACUGCGUGUGAAUGCCUAGAUGUUGGCAAAGACCUAGAGGAAACAAGUUGCAAUAUAGUUCCAUGUAAGUGUGAAAAGAGUUGUGUAAGUAUUGCACAGAAUUACUCCAGCUCCCUCAUAGAAGCAGGAUCAGUUUUGCCGGUAGGAGGUUACUUUGAAAUCCUGCUACAUUAUUAUAUUCGGUACUAUGCAAAACAGUUUCAGCAGUCAGAGGUAACUUUCGUAUCUAAUGUAGUUGCUGAUGCUUUGCUAAGUAUUCCCAAGUCCUUGUACAGGACAACAGAACAAAACAGCUUUACCAAAUUCUAUCUCAAAGCUGUAGAUGCACUCAGAAAAAAUCAGCCACUGCCUAUGAACGAAAAAGGCUUAGAAUCGGUGUAUUGCAAAUACCAGUUAGUCAUUUCAGUUCUUCAUUGUGCUACAGAGCUUCUCUCCAUAGAUUUAAUAAUUGGUAUUAAGCGGCCACUGAAAAAAAUUGAGGAUUAUGACUCAGAAGAUGACUUCUGAAAUUGUUAAUAAAGAAUGUUUUUGAUUA